AUGGUACCUUCUGUAAAGCUUAAAAAUAUAACCCGAGUCCCAUACGCUUACCGUAAAGCUGCGAAGGACGUCAAAGUCUUCGGCUACACCAUACCGAAAGGCGCGCAAGUUAUAGUCAAUGUGUGGGCCAUUUCCAGAGACUCAACCAUUUGGGAGAAGCCCGAAAAGUUCAUGCCAGGGAGGUUUCUGGAUUCAAAUAUUGACGUGAGAGGUCAGGACUUUGAAUUCACUCCCUUUGGCGCGGGACGAAGACUAUGUCCUGGCUUGCCUUUGGCAAUUCGGAUAUUGCCUUUGAUGUUGGGUUCAUUACUUCACUCCUUUGAUUGGAUGUUGGAAGAUGGGGUUACACCAGAGACUAUAAACAUGGAAGACAAAUUUGGCCUCACGUUUCAGAUGGCUCAGCCUUUGCGAGUCAUCCCUAGGUCAAUCAAUACAUAA